CGCCAACUGACAAGGCGGUUGCCACCAAAAGGGUCCAUCCUCGUACUUGUUGCUUUAGUCUGGCUCCCUUUCAUUCUCUUCGCAGUCCUCCGCCCCUCUUGUCCAUAGACUCUCGGCCUCAUAUUGACGGCUACAUCUCUCCUCCCCGCCCGCAAGACGCCACUGUAUCUACACUCGGCUUCAUACUCGCCGCUAACCACCACCGUUUUGCAAUCGAACAACUCCGCAACGAAUCAUACGCAAUCAUGGGAGGGUCUUUGUCGCGUCUUUGGUCCCUUGUCUGGACUAAGAAGGAGAUUCGAAUUCUCAUCCUCGGUCUCGACAACGCAGGAAAGACGACUCUUCUCUACAGACUUAAGAUCGGUGAAGUCGUCACAACCAUCCCCACUAUUGGAUUUAACGUCGAGUCGGUCACAUAUCGGAAUCUGAAUCUUAAUGUCUGGGAUCUCGGUGGUCAAACGUCGAUUCGCCCUUACUGGCGGUGUUACUACGCCAACACUGCUGCCGUCAUCUUCGUCAUCGAUUCUACAGAUAUUGAACGGUUGGGUACCGCGGCGGAUGAACUUGCAGCAAUGCUGAACGAGGAUGAGCUGCGGGAUGCGGCUCUACUGGUGUUUGCCAACAAGCAGGAUCAGCCAGGGGCUAAGGGCGCCGGCGAGAUUUCGGAGGCGUUGAAAUUGGGUGAGCUGCGAGACCGGAACUGGAGUAUCGUGGCUUGUUCUGCGAUCGACGGCAAGGGUAUUAAUGAAGGCAUGGACUGGCUGGUGCAAACCAUUCAGGCCGAAAACGCAUGAAGCCCCUCUUUCUUUCUCGGGCUAUAGAUUUUGUUUGAUCUUUGAUAUACCUCGCCCUCCAAGUUGCUCGCGCGGCUCGGGGGCCGUUCUGCUGCAUUCAGGGGUGCUAUGCCACUUCUUCUCUUCGGCUCUGCUAAAACCAACAGAGCCCUUGUCUUAUAUUGCUACAUGAUUUUUGGGGGUGUGGAGCUUUAGGAUGGUCCAUGAUAAUCGUUUAAUACAACUGCUGCCGAGGCUUGACGGGGAAAUUGUGUUUCCCCUUUCGAUGUCU